AUGGAAAUUGUGAGUUUCAAGAAAAACCAACAAUUUAAAGAUCAAUCUUUUUUUUCACAACAGAAUGUAACUGAUGAUUCUCUCGAACUUAUUUCAUCAUAUCUAUCACCAGUUUCAAGAUUAAACUUGGCAGCUCUGAAUGAGCAAUUCUAUUAUGCAUGCACAGUGUAAGAAAAACCCAUCAAUUUUGAAAGUCAAAUUCAUUUUUGCAGAUGGCGAGAUGUUAAAACAAUAGUUUUUGAUAUUGAUGAUAUAACAUUGGCAGCACCAAAUAUGGUUCAUAAAUAUGUUUAUAGUUCAAUCGAUCGAAUGACUUCAAUUCGAACUGCAUUAAAAAUGUGUCCUGGAAUCAAACGAUUAAUUAUUCAAGCAAAAUUAAAGGAAUCUGAUAUAUCAGUUUUGAAUGAGAAUCCAUCACUUAUUUCAAAAUUAUAUAUUAGCACAGAGAAUUUGGGUCUUCAAGAUUUUCCAGUUUUCAAAAGGCUUCGAACUCUUCAUAUUGUUGCUAAUUCAAUGAAAGAAUAUCGAGUUAUGAAUACAAUUGGACCAAAAAUAUUACAAUCAGCAUUUCCAAUGUGUCUUCGACGAAUUUGUUUGACAGAUGUUUAUUUGACUUCGAAUCUUAUCGAAUAUUUGUCGACAUUGCCAAAUUUAACAUAUUUGGAUCUGAUCGGAUGUUUAGUUGAUACAAAUGUUGCACCAAAAUAUAUCGAAAGUUUGGAAAAAUGUCAAAGUCUUGAAGAAUUGAGUUUACCUCCAUCAUUUUUUUCAUUCACAACAUCAAAUCGAAAACUUGAUGCGGACAAAAAAAUAAGUUUCAAAAAAACUUAG